AUGAAAGUAGCUGAGGUAAUUGUCGUUGGUGGUAAUUAUAUGGGUGUGUGGGAGGAGGGUCCCAAUUCUUGGAAGUGGAAAUUAUCUAGCAAGGAGACGGUGCCCAUCCCGCUGCAUCGCAAUAGUUCGUACGACGACAUGGUUCGAAGCGUAAUUGAGAACGGAGAAUUAGAUUGCGAGCCAAAGAACGUUGUGAUUAGUUAUGUAAUGAAUGGGCGGGGUAAAAUACAUUCCACGUUCAUAAAUAAUGAUCGGCAUGUGCCAUUAUACAUGUUGGAUGUCGCUGCCGAUGGCUCUAGGCUAUCAUUGAGGAUAAAUGUUGUCCCGGGGUCUCCGAUAAUCCCGCCACCACAGCCGACAAUUAAUGAACAUGAUUCAUUUGAAAAUGAGAGUUUGAAUGCUCAUCCAAUGGAAUUGAAAAAUCCAUCUUUCUCUAAAGAAGUGGGAGAAGAAUGCGGAUUGGGAGCACAAACUAACCACACCUUCUCCGACGAAACUAAUUUUCGGCUAAAUCAAAUGUUUAGCAGCAAAAAGGAGCUGAAAUUAUUAUUGGACGUAACAGUUGUGAGAAAUUCUUUUGGUUAUGCUAUGUUGAAGAGCUGCGGCAAAUUCCUCAAGGUGAAAUGCAUUUGUCCUAGUUGCGCGUGGAUGUUGCAAGUAAAGAAGUAUGAAUGCACGGACAGAUUUUUCAUCUAUAAAUACGUCGACGAUCACAAUUGCGGCGUCAAAUAUGCCACACGCAGCCAUAGAAAAAUCACGUCUAAAGUCAUUGCAGCGCUCUGUGUAAACAUGUAUCAUGAAGGAAAUGGUCCGAACACUAGUGAGAUUCGGAGGAUCAUUUUUAAGAACUUGAGAAAUAGACCUACCUAUUGGAAAUAUUGGUUGGGGUGUCUGAUUGCCAAGGAAAUGGUUCGAGGGACAGCGGAGCACGGGUAUUCCUCUUUGUCGGCUUUUUCGUACAUGAUCGAUGCUCUUAAUGUUGGCACUACCUAUUCCAUUAUGGUGAACAAGACCGAUUGUAGGAUUAUGAACUACUUUUUAGCAUUGGGCCCUUGCAUUAGGGGAUUCGCCCACUUGAGGAGGGUUAUUGCGGUUGAUGACACUCAUUUAUACGGCAAGUUCGAGGGCGUGCUGCUUAGCGCGGUUGCACAAGAUACCGAGAAUCAUAUUUAUCCCAUUGUCUUUUGCGUCGUUGACAAGGAGAACGAUGCGUCUUGGACGUUCUUCUUUGAGAAACUAAAGUCUAUUGUGGUCGAUGGACCAGAUUUAUGUUUUAUCCUCGAUAGGCACAAGAGCAUCGCAAGGGCUUAUGACUAUGCUCAUCACGGGUACUGCAUAAGGCACCUAGGUGAAAAUCUCUGGGUAAAUCACCGCUGCGGAGAACACCUCUAUCGAUUCUACAAUGCAACAAAGGCAUAUUCUCCCGAAGUGUUUAGCAAUCAUUUUGAGGAAUUCAAGAACUACUGUCCCGAAGCAGCCUUUUUCCUUGAGCAUGAGCUUGAUUUUGACAAAUGGAGCAGUGCAUAUUUUCCCGGCAAUAGGUUUGACGUAAAAACCUCAAAUAUUACCGAGUCGAUAAACUCUAUGUUGAUUGCCGAAAGAGAGUACCCCGUGGCAUUCAUAUUCAAUUUGAUUGAUAAGAUUUUUGGUGAUAUAUUCAGGGAGAGGCGUGCCUAUGUCCUCAAAUGUAAGGAUAACAAAUUUAUGUCUACCGCCGAAAAGAUCUUAAGAGACAAUAUGAGCGAGGGCGACUCCUUCUAUAUGGAGAACAUAAGCGGGGAUAAAAGUAAAUUCACAUUGUUCGACAGUGGCUGUACGGCCAAAGUUAACCUACUGAAAAGGUCGUGCUCUUGCAGGAAGUUUGAGCUGGUCAAAAUAUCAUGCGCUCACCCGAUAACCUCUUUGCAAUUGAAGCACGGUGAUGAUUAUGGUUUGAGAGUCUAUGAUUACUCUCCACCCGUGUAUAAAGUGGAAGAGUACCUCCUUGCGUAUUCAAAAUCAAUUAAUAUUGUCCCUUUGGAGUCCGAAUGA